CUGCCUCCUCCUUACAACAAAAUGGCCUGCAUUUCCUCACUCUACAAGGGAGACGUCGUGGCCUGUUCUUCCUCUUUGAUCAUCGCAAGAAACUAAAAAAAGCCCUUUAAUUAUUUCAUAUUUCCACGCCUAUAAAUAUAUGUGGUCCGAAUACAACACAAUUAUAUGCUUAAUUUGGUCAUGAAUUGAAGCUCUUCCGUUGCAAUGGUACUAGGUUGUGGUAUUGUUAUCUCGGUCAUUCUACUAGCUUCCGUUCUGGCUGCAGAUAGCGAUGCAGAUCCAUCGACAGCCAUUCUUAUAGAGGUUGAUCAAUCGGGCAAUGGGGACUACAGAAAAAUUCAAGAUGCGAUCGAUUCCGUGCCGUCGAAUAAUUCAGACCACAUUUUCAUUUUGGUGAAGCCUGGAGUUUACGAGGAAAAGAUUGUGGUUCCGGCGGACAAGCCCUUCAUAACACUGAGUGGCACUGAGGCUACUAAAACUAUUAUCACUUGGAGUGACAGUGGGGAAAUUUUUGAGUCUCCGACAUUUUCAGUUCUGGCUUCUGAUUUCAUGGCCCGUUAUCUCACAAUUCAGAAUAAUUAUGGAGCGGGAGCGAAAGCGGUAGCGUUGAGGGUUUCAGGUGAUAGGGCAGCAUUCAUGAACUGUAGGAUUUUGUCGCAUCAAGACACCUUGCUCGAUGACAAGGGUAGGCAUUACUACUCCAAUUGCUACGUCGAAGGAGACACUGAUUUCAUUUUUGGGAACGGAGCCUCAAUAUUUCAGAAGUGCCAUUUGCAUUCUCUGGCACGAGGGAUGGGGGCGAUAACGGCGCAGCGGAGGCAGAGGGCGGAGGAGGAGACGGGGUUCACGUUUGUGAAGUGCAAGAUAACGGGCGUGAAGAGUGCUGUGCUGGGGAGGCCGUGGGGGAAGUAUUCUCGGGUGGUUUUCGCGCUAACAUACAUGUCGAAGGUGGUAGUUCCAGAGGGAUGGGAUGAUUGGGGUGAGUCCUCCAAGCAAAGGUACUACUACAGGACUGCAUAUUACGGGGAGUACAAAUGCUACGGAGCAGGUGCAAGCACCUCCAAGAGAGUGAAGUGGUCGCGCAGUCUCUCCAGCCAAGAGGCUGCGCCCUUCCUGAGAGAGGACAUGAUUGGUGGCUCGUCUUGGAUUAGAUCUGUGCCCUCACAUUUUCGUAGAAUCUCCGGCGCUCAGGGCCCUAAACGAAAUUCAUGAACAAAAAAUUUUCCUCCAUGCUGUAAAUUGUAAUUGUGUGCAAAUUAAUUAGUUGCU